UCUGAUGUGGAGCGGUCCAUCAACACGCGCAUGGGCGAGACCAAGCGCAGCAUCAUCACGGAAGUCAACGGCCACACGGCUAACUUGGUCAAGGCCGCCAGUGAUCGACAAGAGGCCACUAAUGUACAAGUACGGUCAGAACUGGAUGAACUUCGCCAGCGUCAAACUUCCUUCGAGGCGGAGCAACGUCAGGUCAGAGCUGAAGUGGAGCAGCUCCGCCGCGAGCUGCACAUCGCGGAGGCCGCAAUCCCCAUCAAGGACUUCGGCAGCGCGCUGGAGUGGGACAGAGACCCAGAUGGCACGGUCUUCAUCGCGAACACGGGGGCCAUGGUCACGGUGGAUGCUCUCAAGGAGCAGCUGGCGGCCUGGAUGCAGGACGCGGGCAUGGAGGAGCAGCAGUGGAAGGUACUGGGCAACUCGCCUGGACGUCGUUUCACGGUGCAGAUGUCAGGGGAUGCGAAUGCAGGGAUGCGCAAGGUCAAGCAGGCGCGGCGCUUCCUCAGGCAGAACAAUGAAUGGAGGCAGUUCAGCUGCCCGACGGUGGAGGGAGGUCGCUCGCGCAUUUACGUGGGCUUGGACAGAAGUGACAAAAUGGUUAGGAGAGAAAUUCAGACCAAGAAGUUGGCAGGUCUGGUACGUGAGGCACAUGCGGAGCUACGUGUGCGACAUGAUCGGACGAAGGGCAUCGUUUUUGUGGAAGGACAGCCAGCAGUCCAGCUCGAGAUCGGACAGGAAAAGGAUGCCCCGACGAAGUUGCUUUGGAACUACGCGGCGGUUCGCUCAAAGAACCUGGACAAGGAAGCAUUGCUGGCGUGCUUCAACAGUAUAUUCCACACGUCGGAGGAGGUGCGGCACACGGUGAUCGUGCCUGGUUAUGUCCAGCGCUUGCAGGUGAAGGCGAGGGCAUCUCACUCCAACGGCACCCGCGCCCAGGACAGCAUGCUCGUGGUCUACAACAUCCACAAUUUCGGCUUGGAUGAGUCGGUGGCGACGGCGCUGAUGAGAAGGAUUGCUGCGGAGGCUGAAAUAGCUGAGGCAAAUCCGCAACGCUCCACAGUGCUGCUCAUGGGAGACUUCAACUUCCACGAGAGGGCGGCGAUGUACCUGGCCACCCCUGAGAUAGACAAGGGCGUCAUGACACAAGCGCGCCACAGGGAGAGAGGGAACCUCUGGCUGGACGCGCUGGCGGGCCUAGUGGAGCUGGACCCCGAGCAGCCGACGCACUACGUCCAUGACGGGGAGCGCCUCACGCAGCUCGAUAAGCUAUUCACCUCGACGCCAGGCUGGAUGCUCAUCAAUUGGUGCAUCUCGGCCACGGUGAUGGCCAAGCCCGAGGAGCUCCACAGCCAGGGCGUCUCUGACCAUGCGCCUGUGCGCGUGACGUUUGCGUUGCGCCCGCAGCGCCCGCCACUGGAGCAGCCGCUCCCGCGGCAUCAUAUCACGCUGGAGGAAGAAGGUCGUGUCGGUCUGAAGUCGGCUGUCGUGUUCCGUCGUCAAUACGAAGGCCUCCAGCAGCUGCGCGCAGAGCGCAGAUUAGCCUCGGCGGAGUCGGCGGUGAAAGCCAGUGAGUCGCAGAAGGAGCGCAAGCGUUUAAAAUCGUACAUGUACGUGGAGCGUAGGCGAGCCAAACUUUGGGCUCCUGUUCGGAAGACCCUUCCGCUUCAGGCCCUUGUGGGCCCCGAUGGUGCUGUCGUGUCGGAUGCGCAGACGAUGACAUCGGCGUUGCAUCAGCACUGGGCCCCUGUUUUCGCUUGGAAACAGGUCCCUGUCAAGCAUGUGCGUAGGUACUUAGCGCAGCGCGCAUGCCCUUUUGACUGGUCUGGUGUCAGUGUGCCCACGGUCAAUCAGAUCAGGGAGACGCUGAAGCGAGCGAAGCCCACCGCUCCAGGCCCCGACGGUCUUCCCUAUGCAGCAUGGCAGCAGCACGAAUUGUCUGCAGAGAUACUUUACGACCUCCUCCUCUACCUCCAGGCUGGCUUCCCCCCUCCAACGGAUAUGAAUGACGUGAUUCUAAUCUUCGCGCCUAAAGGCAAGCGUGAAGACGAUAGUCAGUGUGUUGUGAGAGAACCUGCAGCCACAAGACCGCUCGCUCUCAAGAACACGGAUAUUAAGGUGCUCUCGUCGGUUUGCAACUUCCAGUUUAAGAGAAUGUUGAGUUCCCAGGCUCAGGAGGACCAAAAGGGCUUCCUGGUCGGCAGAAUUUUUUUGGAGAACAUCACCCUCCUGGAUACGACGUCCAGGAUCCUUGGGAUGCCCGACCGCGCCAGGGUCCAUCACCCCAUCCUCUUCCUUGCCGAUUUUGGCAAUGCCUUCCCCUCUCUGGCUCACAUUUUCCUGUGGGAGGUGCUUUCCAUCGUUGGAAUGCCUUCGGGUCUCCUGGCGUUCUUUCAGGCCACGUACGCCUUCGCGUGCGCGAAAACUCCGAUCCUGGGUCAGCUCCUGGCCUUCUGUGUGAUAUGUUCGGGCGCCAUGCAGGGGGACCCUGCUAGUGGAUCGUUGUGGGCCUUCUCGAUGGACCCCCUCCUGAGGGCCCUCAGGAAGCGUCUUGACCUCUCGCCAGGUUCGGAGUCGGGCGUGUGCGCGGACGAUGUGGGGUUAGCUCUUUCGGAGGUCAAGGCUCUUAAGAGAGUGCAUGGUGUUUUUUAUGCGGCCGAGGUCCUUGCGGGUCUUCAAUUAAAAAUACCAAAGUGUUGCAUUGUUCCGCUGGAAGCGGAGUUCUCGCCAGAACUGCGGAAGACAAUCGAGGCUCUGCUAGCUGUGCAUGUCCCGAGCUGGAAAAGGAUGCCUGUCGCCGCCAUGGCAGAGUACCUUGGGGUGUGGAUAGGCCCUGCUGCGAAUAAGGAGAUGUGGUCGAGGAUGUUUCGGGAGUGGGUGGAGGUUGUGCACGCGAUAACAAAGCAGCAGGCCGCCCCCUCGGUCGCCAUGCAGCUUUAUAACUCUCGUGCUGUUUCCAAAUUCUCCUACCUCUGCCAGCUUGCCCCUCUCCCAAAGCUUGUGGCACGAUGGGAGUCGUGGGCCCUGCACAAAGUCCUCCACCUGCCUCCUUGUACCUUCCCGCUCCAGGAUCUUCUCGCUCUCAGGACUUGGGCCAAGGUUCGCCCCUUGUCGCUCAAGGUGCAGGCCACUGCGACAUUGUGGCGAGCUGCGACCACCACGAUCAAGAACUGGAGGCCCCUGUUCUGCCGCCUGCAGCAGAAGGCAAGGAGCUUUCUUCCGAUCGCUCUCUGGGCUCGCCACAGUUGGUCACCCUCGUUUUGGCAGCGUAGAUCGUUUGUGCAGGAAUUGGCCGAGGCGGCUGCAGGAUUUGUCGAGAAUGAUUGGCUGCGGGACCCUGUUGCUCGUGCCAAGCUCGCUCUGAAG